AUGGAUUACAAAAAUAACACAAAUACAGUGCUACAUUGGAACUACAGAGGUUUCACAGAAUUCCCAAUAGAGUAUCUACGAGGCGGAGUAGCCGAGAUAACGGAUAUUUAUCUAAAGGAAAAUUUAAUAUCUCGUAUACCGAGUGAUAUUUGUAAACUGGAUAACCUAGAAAGCUUGUAUCUGAGCGGCAAUGACAUUACAGAACUACCGAGAGAGAUAUCGAUGUUAGGAAGACUGAAGUGUUUGGAUCUCAGUGGAAAUAGAUUGAGAUAUGUCCCGGACGAAAUAGGUGAUAUGGGAAGCCUAAAAUUUCUUAUACUGGACGAAAAUGAGCUAAGGGAGAUACCGUUAAGGAUAGCUGAAUUGCGAAUGCUUCGUUAUCUUUCGGAAGCUCGCAUGAUGUCUUGUCUGACUGGUCAACUUAAAGAAGACAUCAUCAUGCACACUGGAAGACAAUUGGUCCAAGACGUGGAGUUCUUGAAACAGCUGCCAAGACCACUGUUGUUACAGAUCGGCACCAAGUUACGUGUUGUUAUAUUUAUAGCCGGCGAUAUUAUUAUUAAGAUAAACACAAUUGGGGACUCUCUUUUCUUUAUUUACAAAGGCACGGUAGCCGUUUAUUCGGAGUCGGGUAAAGAAGUAUGUCAUUUGGAAGAUGGAGAUUUUUUUGGUGAAAUUGCAUUAAUAAUGAAGAAUAGAUUGCGUUCAGCGUCAGUUGUAGCGGUUACGAAUUGCGAACUUUUCCAACUGAAUAGAGAAGACUUUGAAAGUUCUGUGGCGAGUUACUCGAGUGUUUACGAGGACUUCAAAAAAAUUGCCACCACGAGGUUGGAGAAAACUACAGUUCUUGACGAACAUAAUAAAAGCGACAUUAAAAUGAAAGCUAGAAAGAGAGCGGACAGCGUUAGCUAUCAAUUUUAA